AUGAUCUUGCCGGCCAUGUACUUCAUCCCGGGCAGCGAUGCUCAUGGAAGCUACGAGAACAGCCUGGAUGCCCUGGUCCAGAUGGGCAACGAUCCAGCUCUGUUGAUAUUUUGUCUCUUGUACCUGAUAUCCAUCGCUUUCUACAACUUCUUUGGUUUGGCAGUGACACGAUCUCUGACAGCUGUUCACAGAACUCUUAUUGAUGCCUGCCGGACAAUCAUUGUGUGGUUAGCUUCGCUGUUUAUAUAUUACGUGGCAGACAAGGAUUUUGGUGAACCAUUUGACAAAAGUUGGGGUUUGUUGCAAGUGGAUGGAUUUGUCUUCUUGUUGAUUGGGACAGCCUUGUACAACCAGCUGAUGGAUGUGCCCUGUAUGCCCUGGUGCUCUAGGGACCCAGAUUUACAGGAAUACCCCCGGGCAAUCGGAGGAGAUGGAUCAGUUAAUGAUGAUGGGAUUGAAGAGUCCAUGAACUCCAUCAGUGCUGAAACAGAAGUUUUGAUCAAUGCCACGGACAGGAGAAAUGUUUAUACGUAA